AAAUCAGCAAGUUAACUGCAGAGGCACCUCGCUGCCCUGGCCUAUCCAUCUUCCGCAUAGCAAAAUACGACGACAGCCGAUGCCUAUCCUUUAUAUCUAUCAUGUCUACAAAUGACAGAUAGCGGCCUCUUCUUCAACUGGAACCCGUCCUUAGAGCAAAGCAGACCCUCUCAGCCAGCACGGCGCAUGAUGGUGAUCCCGCCUCUGCAUCACGGGCAUCUUCCGGUGCCUAUUCAGAUUAUGCCGUCGCUCCAACCUCAAUCCCAGCAUACGAAUCAGGUUCAUGCACCUGUUCAAACCAUGUCGGCUGUUGGAUUGGAGGGGCAGAGUGAUCACCUUCCUGGGCUUGAGCCUAUUGAGUCUAGGUCUAGUGAUGAUGAUAAGAUAGGGGAAGAUGUAGUUCCUGAUCCGCCUUCUCCCAUUAUUGUCGAGGAAGCUGGUUCGCCCCUGCUGGUCGAAAUGUACGAAGAGGAAGAGGAAGAGAUUGAUGGAGGGGAUCUCGUAGUGGAAGAAGACACAGAUGAUUCGGAGGAAGCGGAGGAUGAGACGAUUGAUGAUUUCAGUCCGGUGGUGAUGCCGGUUUUACGCAGGUGCUUGAGAAUGAUCGGUUCCUUGAACUUCCUUCAUAUUAGCUCGAGCAUGGUCACCCACUGCAAUACAUGUUUGACGUGUCAAAAUUUGUCGUUUUUCACAGAAUGUAAGGUGUAUUACAGUACUUGCAGUUGGCGAAUGGAAUCGAUGAACCCAUCGUCCACCCUUGGUGCAUUUGGCCCAGAUAUAAAGAGGAGUCUACAAAUUCAACUGAAGAUUCGAAGCAAGUAUCUGUCUCCGUUUGAGGGUGACAGAAUGAUCAGAUUUCUACCCCGCUCGCAAUGCUGUAUUCUUACAUAUUGCUCUGGAGAGAGAGGUAAGUUUGAUGGCGAUGGCCAAAAAAGAACAUGCUGUACAACGCACAGCCAUGAAAGAUAUAAAAGAUAGCAAGCCCAUCAAUCAAGGUAUCGUUCCUCGUCCUUGAUAACAUUCGUGUAACGAAAAGUACAGCGGGUCUCGAUACUUGG